AUGGGCCAGUUACCUCCGUCAAGAGUAAGGCCAAGCAGAGCCUUCUCAUGUAGUGGUGUGGAUUAUGCGGGGCCGAUCAACAUAAGCGUUUCAAAAGGCCGAAGUAAUCAAUCAUAUAAAGGCUAUAUAUGUUUAUUCAUUUGUAUGACUACUCGAGCAAUUCAUCUAGAGGUUGUAAGCGACAUGAGCUCUGAAAGUUUUCUAGCAGCAUUUAGGCGAUUCACUGCACGACGAGGUCACUGCAUGGAAUUAUUUAGUGACAAUGGCACUAAUUUUGUUGGUGCAGCUCGGGAACUCAAGCAAUUUUUUAAUGAAGAAAAGUCAAGAAACAGUAAAAUUGGAGAAUGGUUAGAAUCACACGAUACAAAGUGGCAUUUUAACCCACCACAAGCUCCUAACUUCGGAGGUUUAUGGGAAGCUGGCAUAAAAUCAACCAAAUAUCAUUUAAAAAGAGUGAUUGGAAACUCUACAUUAACUUAUGAGGAGAUGUCAACACUCUUAACGCAAAUUGAGGCUUGCCUAAAUUCUAGGCCUAUGACAUCUAUAACAGACGAUAAAGGUGAAUAUUUUGCUUUAACUCCAAGUCAUUUUCUUGUAGGCGAACCAUUAAUUCCGGCACCAGAUCAUCAAUAUGACACUUCUAUUAAUCUGUUACGACGAUGGCACCUUUGCCAGCGCAUGAUACAGGAUUUUUGGAAACAGUGGUCUCAAGAAUAUUGA